AUGCCGCGCCCCCGAGCCCCGCGCCUGCUGCUGCUGUGGCCGCUGCUGCUGCUGCUGCCACCGCCGCCCGCCGCCCCCGGGCCCCUGGCCGGCCCAGCCCACGCGAGGCUGGGGACCCUUGCACCCGCAGGCGGCACCGGGGGCCGCGGCACAGGUGUCUGCAGGAGCAGGCCCUUGGACUUGGUAUUCAUCAUCGACAGCUCUCGUAGCGUGCGGCCCCUGGAAUUCACCAAAGUGAAAACCUUCGUCUCCCGGAUCAUCGACACGCUGGACAUUGGGGCGGCUGCCACGCGGGUGGCAGUGGUGAACUACGCCAGCACGGUGAAGAUCGAGUUCCAGCUCGGGACCCACACGGACAAGCGGGCCCUGAGGAAGGCCGUGGCGCGCAUCACACCCCUGUCAACCGGCACCAUGUCGGGGCUGGCCAUCCAGACGGCAAUGGAGGAAGCCUUCACCCUGGAGGCGGGGGCCCGGGGGCCGGCCUCCAGCAUCCCUAAGGUGGCCAUCAUCGUGACGGAUGGGCGGCCCCAGGACCAGGUGAACGAGGUGGCGGCCCGGGCCCGGGCCUCGGGCAUCGAGCUCUACGCUGUGGGCGUGGACCGGGCAGACAUGCAGUCCCUGAAGAUGAUGGCCAGCGAGCCCCUGGAGGACCACGUGUUCUACGUGGAGACCUACGGCGUCAUCGAGAAGCUUUCCUCCAGGUUCCAGGAGACCUUCUGUGCUCUGGACCCCUGCAUGCUGGGAACACAUCGGUGCCAGCACGUGUGUGUCAGCGAUGGGAACGGCCAGCACCACUGUGAGUGCAGCCAGGGCUAUACCCUGAACACGGACCGGAGGACAUGCGCAGCUGUUGACAGGUGUGCUCUUAACACUCACGGAUGUGAGCACAUUUGUGUGAAUGACAGAAUGGGCUCUCACCACUGUGAGUGCCAUGACGGUUACACCUUGAACGAAGACAGGAAGACGUGUUCAGCUCAAGACAAAUGCGUUUCCGGCGCCCACGGCUGUCAGCACCUGUGUGUGAAUGACGGGCCUGGGUCUCAUCACUGUGAAUGCUUCGAGGGCUACGCCCUGAAUGCAGAUAAGAAAACGUGUUCAGUCCGUAACAAGUGUGCCCUGGGCACUCAUGGCUGCCAGCACAUUUGUGUGAGUGACGGAGCUGCAUCCUACCACUGUGACUGUUUCCCCGGCUACACCUUGAACGAGGACAAGAAAUCGUGUACAGCCGUUGAAGAAGCACGGAGACUCGUUUCCCCUGAAGACGCUUGUGGGUGUGAGGCCGCACUCGCCUUCCAGGGGAAGGUCAGCACCUAUCUCCAGAGACUCAACGGCAAGCUUGAUGACAUUUUGGAGAAGUUGCAAGUACAUGACUAUGGACAAAUACAUCGUUAAGUGGCUCAAAAUUUUCACUUGGAAAUGUGGAAGCCUCAGUGUGAUAUUCAUUGCACACUUGCGUCUCCCACGUCUCUGCUGACGAUUUGCCAUUGUAAAUGCUUGAGUAUUACUGGAUAAACAGUAUGAGGAUCUUCUGGGGAAUGAGUAUUACUUUUCCAAGGAAAUAAAGGUGCAGAUCUUUAAAAGCAAACUUUAUUGUCUUUAAGCUGUAACCGUAAGCUGUAACUAACUGUAAGCUGUAACUAACUGUAAGCUGAAAUGGUAGGUGGGAAAUAGAAUGAAAAAUUUAAUGCUUCUGGCUAGGCAUGGUGGCACAGGCCACUCAGCACUUGGGAGGCUGAGGCAGGACGAGUUCUGUGAGUUCUAGUCAGCCUGGGCUAUAGUCAGUUCAAGGCUGACCUGAACUAGCGUAAGACGGUCUCAAAAAGCCAAAACAACAACCACAACAAGAUAAUGUUUCUUUCAUUAUCUACUAAUUGAGCCACUUAAAUUUAAAUAUUCAUAUUAGUAAGACAAUGGUAUUCGGAUUGGAAACUUUAGUUCUAUUUUCUUGAAAGUAUUUAUAAUGUAAGCCAGUUUUAUUACUGAGAGUGCAAAUUGUACAAAGUACUUACAUUUAGAAAGUUCAUAUAAUUAAAUUGAGAGGAAAAUAGAACUGUAACACUUUUCAUUUUUUACUCAUCUUUGCUGGUUAUUGAAGUUGUGAUAAAAAGAUUGUAAAACGUAUCUAAAAUCAGUCAUCACAGAUCAGGAGAACAUUAUAUGUCAUUUUAAACUCAUUCUGGUCUUGGAAAUGCAGAUGCACUACCUGUGAAUUUAAGUGUUAAAUUUCUACCAAGGACAAAAAAUUCUAAAUUUACUUUAUCAUUUUGAUUUAGGAUCUAAUCAUUAAAAUUAGGUAUUAUAAAAUUGGUAUAACAAGGAACAAAAUUGAAUAUUGUCUUUCUUAAUGUUAGU